AUGGAGGUCACAGCUCUCUGCAUCACACUGUUGAUGACUGUGUUGUUCCUGCUGUGUGCACGUGAUCAGAAAGUUGAUUCAGCAGUUCUUCAUAUUGAACCAAACAGACUGCAGUUCUUUGAAUAUGAAAAUGUAACUUUCCACUGUGAGGGGCUCAAAGAGGAGGAGCUCUCAUGUAAAUCUUCUAGCAGGCUGCCAUCAUCAGGGUCAUCCUGUGCCAUUAGAAAUGCUUUUCUGGAAGACAGUGGAGAGUACUGGUGUGAGGGUAAAGGGGGGAAGAAGAGCAACAGCGUCAACAUCACUGUCACUGAUGGUUCAGUGAUCCUGGAGAGUCCUGUCCUCCCUGUGGAAGAAGGCAACGAUGUGACUCUGACCUGCAGAAACAAAACGACUUCCUCACACCUGACAGCUGGUUUCUACAAAGAUGGCCUCUUCAUCAGGAGCAGCUCUACAGGAAAGAUGCCCAUCCACAGUGUUUCCAAGUCUGAUGAAGGACUCUACAAGUGUCACAUCUCUGGAGCUGGAGGAUCACCAGAGAGCUGGAUGGCUGUCAGAGAAGAGACUACUCCAACCUCAUCCAAUCCCACCUCCUCCGGUCCUACCCCAUGGAUUGUUACGACUCUCUUAUUGAUGGUUCUGCUGUUGGUGGUGGGACUACUUCACCUCUGCAAAGGGUAUGGGCACAGAGUAUUGGACUAUCUGUCCACAGUGACUCUUCGUUCAAGCUCAGCUGAGAACCAAACAGUCUCUGUAGAGGCCAGUGCAGCUGAUGAGGACAAAGUGAUGUAUGCUGCUGUAACAAAAAACAGGAAGAAGAAAGAUGAGGAUACAUAGGUGUCUACACCCAUUUACUACACCUUGGGCCCGGAUGAUACUAAACAACUGGAACCAGGAGUAUCCACCAUCACAGCAAUUUCUGUUCCCUCAGCAGGUGCCAACCCAUCUUUAAUGAGGAUUGCCUUAUAUUCUACAGUCCAGCUGCCUGCUGAGUGACUGCUAAUUAAAGGCGGAGCUUAAAAAGGUGUGUUCAUGGUUUCACACAGUGCAGAGUGCAGAGUGACAACAAGGAACUAACACAUCCCCCAUAUGUUACUGUAUCAGUGUUCAUUUUAGCAGCUAAGUUUAGCCUCAGUCUUGAGACAAAAAUGCUUAUAUGUUUUAAGUCAUUUUUAUCUUUAAUGGUUUUAGUCGACAAACAUUUUAGUGAAUUUUUCAGUUUAUUUUUCUAUUUAAACUUAUUCAAUUAGGCUAAUAGAUGAAUCAUAAAUCAGACUCAAGGUGACAGGUUGUAUAAAAUAAUGUGUGUGUCAUGUCUCCAGCAGUGUGUGACAGGU